CUCCCUGACCUUCCUACUUAACCACCCAACCUUGUCCUAACGACACCAAACUCUCUACAAAAACCCCCUCUGAAGAACUCCUUCAAUCCUUCACUGGCCCCCCACCCUCCCAAUUUAAACGCACCGUUUCGUACAACAAAUCCAUCUCCGUCGCCACACAAAAGCUUAACAAAGACUACCCAAUAUGGCUGCACUACCAAAUCUCACCGGACUUCAGAUCGAGGCGACGUCGUUUCCACCGUCAGUCAAACCCCCCGGCUCCGCCAACACUCUGUACCUCGGCGGCGCAGGGUUUAGGGGGCUGGAGAUUCAGGGGAACUUCGUGAAGUUCACAGCGAUUGGCGUGUACUUGGAGGAUAAGGCCGUGCCUCUGCUUGCCGUUAAGUGGAAGGGCAAGACCGCCCAGGAGCUGACGGAGUCCGUUGAGUUCUUCAGAGAGAUCGUUACAGGUCCAUUUGAGAAAUUCACACAGGUGACAACGAUACUGCCACUAACCGGCCAGCAAUACUCGGAGAAGGUUUCGGAGAAUUGCGUUGCGAUUUGGAAAUCAAUCGGAAUUUACACUGAUGCAGAAGCCAAGGCCAUUGAGAAGUUCCUUGAGGUCUUCAAGGAUCAAAACUUCCCACCUGGCGCCUCUAUCCUUUUCACACAAUCUCCCAAUGGAUCAUUAACGAUAAGCUUCUCCAAAGAUGCAUCCGUACCAGAAGCUGGGAACGUGGUGAUCGAAAACAAACUGCUUUCGGAGGCAGUUCUAGAGUCGAUCAUCGGAAAGCACGGCGUUUCUCCUGGAGCAAGGCAGAGUGUAGCUGCGAGGUUAUCUGAAUUGUUGAAGUAGAGUUGUCAAAAUGAGGCAGGAAAUGGGAAAUUGGAAACCCAGUUAUACAAGAGAAAUGGUUAAUGUUGGAUGGAAACUGAGAGAGGAGAAAUAAAAGUUUCUGAGUGAUGUUCUUCUGUAUUUUGUGAUUUAUCUACAUAUAAUCUAUGAAGCUACGAAAGUGCUCUGUCUUGUUUAACUUUUAAGAAAAUGGUCAUUAUGUAUGAGAAGUAACAGUGUUGUUUUGUCGUGCUUAA